UGUUUAACAUCAUUUUCUGGGUGUGAAGAGAUGCCGUGUUUGAACUUGUUGAGGAAGAAGAAGAAGAAAGAAGAGGAAAUUCUAAGCCAAGAAAAUGGGAGCUCACUGUUGGAGGAACUCAUUGCAUCUACAGGAGGUAAAUACAAUCCAAUCCGCAUGUUUUCUUCCCACCAAAUCGUUACAGCUACAAACAACUUUGACUGGAACUACAUGAGCUCUGUAGAUAGAUUCGUGUGGUACAAAGGUAUGAUUGAUAAUAGACGCGUGCUAAUCAAAGCAUAUAAAGAGAAGCAGUACGGCCCUGACAAUUUUUUCCGUGAUAUCGCCGUCUCAUCUUUGAUGAGCGGCAACAAGAACGUCCUCAAGCUCUUGGGAUGUUGUCUAGAGUUUUCUACUCCGGUUCUCGUGUAUGAGUACCCGGAAAAUGGAGCUCUUACCUUUACAGGACAUGCAAGGGAAAGCGCUAAGCCAUUGCCUUGGAAUGUAAGAUUGAAGAUAGCUAAGGAGAUUGCAGAUGCUGUAACGUAUCUCCAUACUGAAUUUCCGAAAACUAUAAUUCAUAGGGAUUUAAAACUUGGAAACGUUUUCUUGGACGAGAAUUGGACCGCCAAAUUGUCUUGUUUCAGCCUCAGCAUAUCGAUUCCAGAGGGAGAAUCAGGCGUAUAUGACAUCGUUUGUGGGACAACCAGCUAUAUCGAACCCAAUUACCUUAGAACAGGUUUGGUCACUGAGAAUGUCGACAUAUAUAGCCUUGGGAUCAUCAUGCUGAUUCUUUUGACAGGAAAGUCUCGAGCACCUUUGGUUGAUGGUUACUCUGUUCUUUUGCUUGAUUAUGUGCAGAAGAUUCUUGAGCGAGGUCCGUUCACUGAACUGAUAGACCCGUCAAUGUUGAACGGCACAAGUGACAACAUUCCUGAUCAGUUAAGACAGCAAAUGGAAGCAUUCACUGAACUUGCUUUAAAAUGUAUUAAGUUUCAGACCAGGAGAAAAUGUGCUCUCACAUCAUAGAGGUUGCAAAAGAACUAAAAACAUAUAUGAACUCUUCUAGUGAGAUUCAAAACGGAUCUAACUAUCUAUCCAUUAUGCAGUCUUCUUAGUAGUGAAAGUUGUUAUGAUAUUCUUGUUUCGAGCUUUCUUUCACGAUAUAUGUUGUAUCUAAACAUCUGAGGAUCCAUUCUUCAUAA